AUGACAGAUAUAAAAUCUAUUCUCAGAGAUUAGAUUAGGUUGGGAAAAUAAUAGAGGAAGUCAUUGCAAAUCAUGGAAUUUAGGAAAAGCACAUUUUAGGAGAGUAGCGCUUUAACUUAAGAUAUGAACUUAAAAUCAAGUUAAGGAUAAAAUUUAAUAAAAAUGGAGACAAUAGAUUCUGUUUCAUCGAAAAAUUUAGAUGAAAAUUAAUAAAUUGAAAUUGAUAAAGAAAAAGAAAAAGAAAGUGAGAAUGGAGAAUUUAUUCAUAAAUCUUAACUAGCAGAGCUUCUUAAAGAUUAAAUUUAAACUAAAUGCCAGAAAAGACAUGAUUUAUUUUAGCAAAUGAUUGAAGAGGAGCGUAAAUAAUAAGGAGCCAUAGUUAUAAAAUUUGGUAAUCAAUUAUAAAUCUAACCUAAAUUCAUGAAAAUUAGGGGUUCAAUGUGCUCAACUGAGCUAUGGUCAACUAGACAAAAAAAGGAUUUAUGCUACGAGUACAUUAUAAACUCUCAGCUUGAAAAAGGUAAAGCUGUAAAAACUUCUACAUUAUAGUCAAAAAUAGUAAUAUUGAAUGGAUUAAACAAAAACUCUCCUUUUGAAUUAAAUCAGUUCAUAGACUCAAGGAAAUACAAAAUGCCUAUGUCUGAUAGAAUUAAUGGUGUUUCGUAUUUUAAACCUGAAAAAAUGAUCAAUUAAGCUGAUAUUUAUAUGUAACUCUAGUAAGAUAAAUAAGGUAUAUAGGUAUAAAAAUACUCAAUAGCUGAUUCAAUAAUUAAUUAAUUAAACACUAGAAUACCAAUAGAUUUAAAAUUUCGUAGUAAGAGUGGUGAACCCACAUAUCAAAGGUAAACAGCUUCAAGCACAAAUAAGCUUAUUUAAAAAAAUUAAGUUUUAGGCUUAAAAUCACCUUAAAUAUAAAGUAUCUAAAGCGAAUACUCGCCAACAUGUUCUCCUCUUUCUUAGACCAGAAAUCAAAGUACUUUUUCUUCACAAGUCUAACGAGUAUCAGAACAACAAAAAACCAGAAAAAGCUUAAUUAAAUAAAACCAUGCUAAAUAGCAAUCCUUUUCUGAUUAAAUGAGAAGUAAGUAUAAAAGUCUUAAGUUAAAUAAAUCUUUAAAUUCUAUGCAGCUUUCAACAUAAGAUAUGAGUGGUAGUUUAACAAUUUUAAAAAGGCUUAAUUCUAAUUCCUAAACAGAAAUGUAGUUUCCUAAAGCAGAUAGAAUUACAGAGUUAUAAAAUGGUUCCUCUCAAUCUAAUUUUAUUGAGUAUCUAUUGUCACCAAAAAGCCAAACAUUAGGUUUCAAAGCAACAAACACCACAGAAAUUUAUUCAAAUUAAGAUUUCGAUAAUAAAAACUAAGCAGGAAAUACAGACUUGCAAGUUAGAGAUUAAGUGAAAUACUAAAUAGAUAAUUUAAUAAAUUAAUGCAAUAAGUCUUUGCUAGACAACCAUCUUUUUCAGAGUUUUAAUUAUAAAACAAUGGGUUUAAUCAACAAUAAUAAUUAAAUAGAUAAAUUAAUUAAAAUAAGAACUAACUGGAAUACAAUGCAAAAUAAUAUGCUAAAAAGAUAGAAAGAAAAGAAAAGUAUUUAUUUUAAUUUUGAAAUUAAAUAGAGAAUUCAAAUGAUUUUUAUUUAUUUAUUUAUUCAUUUUAUUUCUUUUUGUAAAAAAUAGUGUGUAAAUUUAAUAAGUAAUAUAAAAAAUUAAAUAAAUUUAACCUUAAUUAAACAGAAAAUUAAUUAAAUUACAAACAAUAAAAAUAUUUUAUAAAUAUUAUUAUAAAUCUAUCUAUGA